AUGGUGCAGAAAAAACAUCUCGGAGACGAUGACGACGAUGAGAUGUCAGUGGAGAUUUGUCUCGAUACGCUAACCAUCAAACGAGCACCACCGAGUCCUAAGGCCGGGCCAGAAACAAGAGAAAAGAGACGAGCGCCAUCACCAAGACCAAUGAUAGUUCCACAACAACAAGGAAGGGUGAUGGGAUCCCCAGCUGCAGGGUAUUCCAUGAGGCAAUUGCUAAAUGAGCAAGCGCUCGGAAUGUACAGUGAUGACGAAUCUGUCUAUUUGAGCGACGAUAAUCAGUCUCAAAUCCCUGUGUAG